AUGGCAGGCAGCUCUGCUCCUUGGAUUGGCAGUGCUUACCUCUUCCUCCAGUCCACCUGCAAGACCAUUGUUCUGCCUUCUCUCUAUGAAAGCUCCCAGAAGAAACGCAGUGUGUUCAAGGCACUGAAGCUGGCAUUAGCAGACUCCACGGGCAGUGUGAAUGGUGUGGACAUGCUCAAGGUGCACUGCAGCCACCCACACCUCAUCAUCCAGCUGAAGUUCUGCAGGCAGGAGAACUGCCGGCAGUUCCUGCGCAGCUACCGGGAAGGAGCACUCCGGGAGUCCCUCCAGAAUCACCUCCAGCUCUCCCUGGCCAUGACCACAGUGCCUCUUGAAAUGGAGCUGAAGGCUGGCAAUGAGCACCUGGACAAGAUGCUGAAGGAUGAGGAUCGCUGCCUGGAGUGCAUCUACAGGGAAAAGCCUGACCGCCUGCGGGAUGAGGAAAUCACAGAGCUGGAGGAAUGUCUCCAGAGCCUGAUUGUUCACCAGAGCAUCAACAACAAUGUGGCUGUAAAGGACUGUGAGUCUCUGAACUCCCCACCUCUACCUCAUCCUGCUCAAGGCAGCUCCCUUUCCCCACAAGGCACCUUCAGCUUUCAGGGACAGCAGUUUGCCAACAGAACCCUGUCACCAGACGACCACCAGAAGUUUGCCAAGCUGGUGUCCAAGAAAUGGAAGCAAGUGGGUCGCUCUUUGCAGAAGAACUGCCGGGCCCUGCGAGAUCCUGUCAUUGAUAACCUGGCCCUGGAAUAUGACAGAGAGGGACUGUAUGAACAAGCCUACCAGAUGCUUCUCAGAUUCAUCCAGUCAGAGGGGAAGAAGGCCACAAUAGCCCGGCUCAUCGCAGCCCUGGAGGAAAAUGGUCUCAUCAGCUUGGCUGAGGAGCUCUUGGGCCUCCAUUCCAACGAGGACUGCUCCUAG